UAAAUAGUUAUGAUUUGCAUCUUCGAGAGUAAUUUGAAGUAAUUCCAUACUUCUUCUUAAAAUACCAUCGUCAAUAUUGAAUUGAAUAACCAUGGUCAUAACACCGUUCUUCUGGUAGUUUGAUAAACUUCUAAUUACAAAGAUAGAUUGAACAGUUAUGAAAUUUUAGAAUGAAAAUAAAUGAUAAAGCAGUGAUGUUAUACAUCAUAAAUAAACAGUUGUGUUCUAAAUGAAUUUUUUUUUUUGCAUAUUAAUGCUAAAUUCGGGGUUACGGAAACGACCUCCGAGGGUGUAAGAAAAAAUUAACGUGGUGACAUUCAAGUAAACAUGUGUACCAAGUGUAUACACGAUUUCAUUUCUUUGAUCAAAUUUUUUGAAUUAGCUGUUGUUCCCAUCCUCUAUUUUCAUGACAGUACGAUAUGGCUGAAGAAGUUACCAUAACCAGUGAUACUAAAUCAAAAGAUAAUAGUACAGCCGCUACCAGAACCACCACUAAUGUUGAUGCUCAUUUGUUUGUGUUAGUUCAUGGUUUGUGGGGUUCACCAACUCAUAUGUUGACAAUUGAAAAAUUGAUUAAGGACUUGGUACCACCUGCUUCAAAUGAGAAGAUCCUUACAUUAAGACCACAAAGUUUCAGGUUCUGGAAGACUUAUGAUGGUUUGGAGUUGAAUUCAAAGAAGAUCAUCACUGAGAUCCUUUAUGAAAUUGAAACCUUAAAAGAGAAGAAUAAUUAUAAUGUGGUUAAGAUUAGUUUUGUGGGUUAUUCAUUAGGUGGAUUGAUUGCAAGAUAUGUUAUUGGAUUGUUACAAGAAAUGGAUUUCUUUGAUAGUGUUAAACCAAUCUUUUUCACUACGUUUGCUACUCCUCAUGUUGGGAUUGAAUUUUUUGCCAAUAAUUUCUUUGAUAACACUGCUAAUCUUAUUGGUCCUAUUUUAUUUGGUCCAGUUGGUAAAGAAUUAUUUGUGGCUGAUACUUCAAAGGCAUUAAAGGAAAUGGCUGAUCCAAAUAAGGUUUUCUUUCAAGGUUUAGCUCGAUUUGAAAAACAUAUGUUAUUAGCCAAUGUUAAAAAUGAUAGAACGGUUGCAUUUUUCACAGCUUUCAUUACUGAAUAUUCUCCAUUUGAUGAUUGGAAAUCAGUUAAAAUCAAAUAUAUUAAGGAUUUACCUCAAACUAGGGUUGGAAAAGUGUUUGUUGGACCUAAAUUUGUUGAUUUAACCAGAAGUCAAUUGUUAACAGUUGAAGAUUCAAGAGCAUUUAAAGGUAAUUUACAAGAAGAAACCUCUAUUUUUAAAACUAAUAUCUAUUUAAGAGUAUUAGUUAUCAUAGCUAUGGCAUCAAUCUUAGUACCGAUUUGGAUUCCAUUAGUUUUAACUACCAGUUUUUAUGUUUCAGUUUAUAGUAUGAUAAAGAUUAGAUUGGUUACAUUUCCAAAGAUUAAACAACAUUGGUCAAAGGUUAAAGAUACCGUGUAUGGUAAAUUACCUAUUGAUCUUCAUGAUACACAAAUUGGGGAAGAACAAAGGCUUCAAAGAAGAUCAUUAUCAAGGCAUGAAUCAUUUAAAGGUGAUACUUCACAAUUAACUCAAAAUGCCAUGGAUAAUUUCAUGUAUGUUGAAGAAAGAUUUACAGGUAAGACACCACCGGUUGGAAAUGGUGAUGAUGAAAAAGAGGAAGAAGAAGAAGAAGAAGAAGUUGAAAAUGAACCAACUCCAACUCCAGCUGGUGUAGACGAAGAAGAAGAACUUGAAUCUAAAAGUUUAAUUGAUGUUAAAGCUGAUAUUAAUGAUGAAAUAAUCAAGGCUAAGUUGAAUGCUUUAAGUAUCAAAGAUACUGAAUUAUAUCCUUUAUUCACUGAAAAAUCUAAAUUAAAAAUGAAUGAUGAUAAAAGAUUCAUUAUUCAUUCUUUAAAUUCCCUUGAUUGGAUUAAAAUCCCAGUUUAUUUAGAUUGUUGGAACGCUCAUGAUGGUAUAGUUAGUCGAAAAGGACCAAGAAGCAAUGCUAAAGGUACGUCUACCAUUGGAUUAUGGUGUUCUAUCUUAAGAAAUCAUUUAAAGGAAACAUCACCCAUAACUACUUGAAAUAAAUGAUCAAAUUUUAUUGCAACCAAUCAAUUUGCCGUAAUGUGAUGGCAAAAAAUAAAACGGUUCUGCGAAUUUUUAAGUAUUUAAUUUUUUUUUUUUCUUCGUGUUUACUUUUGUGUAGAAAUUCAAAUUUUAUA